CCUGGUGCACGAGCCAUUUUGUUGUGGUGUUUGUGGGGGGAAUUAGCCGCUAACUAUGAGCAUUGUGCGCGCGCUCCUCGACACCUCGCGGGCUGUGGCUCAGAUUUUCACCCCGAACGCGACACAAAGCGCCGGCCGUUAGCGGCGCGAGAGCGGUGACUCAUUCUUUAGACCGAAUACAGGUGCGUUUCGAGGCUGCUAGCUGUAGCCGCGGUGUGCUAACCCAGCUAGCUGGCUAACUUGAGCCAACAGGAGUUCCUGUCGGGUUUAAGUUUAAGCGGUUCAUGUCAGGGACAUAGUGGAGUGUUGGAGAAGUCAAGAACGCGCCCGGAGACACUUUAGCCAGCACGGAAAACAAACAAACAACAAACAAGCCACAACAAAACAGUAAACAAGUUGUGUGUGUGUGUGAGUGAGUGAGUGAGUGAGUGAAUGAUGGCAGAGGAGAACAGGAGUGUGAGUUUCUCAGCUCUGAUGGAGAACAGUAACGGAGUGACCAAAACAACACCGAGCUCAAAAUCAGGCACCUCCAAGAAACUGGUGAUUAAAAACUUUAAAGACAGACCCAAGCUGACGGAAACCUACACCGAGGACACGUGGCUGAAGUUACGCGAUGCCGUUGGAGCAAUCCAGAACAGCACGUCAAUCAAAUACAACUUGGAGGAACUUUACCAGGCAGUGGAAAAUCUCUGCUCCUACAAAGUCUCACCGAUGUUAUACAAACAACUUCGGCAAGUGUGUGAAGAUCACGUGCGGGCGCAGAUCCUCCAGUUUAGAGAAGACUCUUUGGACAGUCUUUCUUUUCUGAAGAGGAUGAACAGAUGCUGGCAAGACCACUGCAGACAAACAAUCAUGAUCCGUAGUAUUUUUCUCUUUCUGGAUCGCACAUAUGUCCUCCAGAACUCCCUUCUUCCCUCCAUAUGGGACACGGGGCUGGAGCUGUUUCGUACACACAUCGUGAGCGACAGCGGCGUCCAGAGCCGUACAGUAGAAGGAAUCUUGGAGCAAAUUGAACGAGAGAGAAACGGCGAGACUGUGGAUCGGAGUCUCUUGCGCAGCUUACUAGGCAUGCUCUCAGACCUACAGGUGUAUAAGGAGUCUUUUGAAAACCGGUUUCUAGUUGAGACGGAUCGCUUGUAUGCAGCUGAGGGUCAGAGACUGAUGUUAGACAGAGAUGUACCCGAAUACCUGCACCAUGUAGCACGACGUCUAGACGAGGAGAACGAUCGUGUCAUCAGUUACCUAGAUCAGAGCACUCAAAAGCCGCUGAUCUCUGCAGUAGAAAAGCAGCUCCUAGGUGAACAUAUGACCGCCAUUUUACAGAAAGGUCUCAGCACACUGUUGGAUGAGAACCGUGUAACUGAACUGACUCUGCUUUACCAGCUCUUCAGCAAAGUGAAAGGAGGCCUGCCUGUAUUACUUCAGUUCUGGAGAGAGUACAUAAAGAGCUUUGGCGGCGAGAUCGUCGGAUCUCCCGAAAAAGAUAAGGACAUGGUGCAGGAGCUGCUGGACUUUAAAGAUAAAAUGGACAACGUGGCACACGGCUGCUUCCAGAGGAACGAGAGCUUUAUCAACGCCAUGAAGGAGGCCUUCGAGAGCUUCAUUAACAAGAGACCCAACAAACCAGCAGAGCUUAUCGCCAAAUAUGUAGACUCCAAACUACGUGCUGGGAACAAAGAGGCCACAGAAGAAGAGCUGGAGAGAAUCCUCGACAAGAUCAUGAUUAUCUUUCGCUUCAUCCACGGUAAAGAUGUGUUUGAAGCGUUCUACAAAAAAGACCUCGCAAAGCGCCUGCUAGUGGGCAAAAGUGCCUCCGUGGACGCUGAGAAGUCCAUGCUGUCCAAACUCAAACAUGAGUGCGGCGCGGCGUUCACCAGCAAGCUCGAGGGCAUGUUUAAAGAUAUGGAACUCUCCAAAGACAUUAUGAUCCAGUUCAAACAGUACAUGCAGAACCAGAGUGAUCCCAGCAACAUCGAUCUGACCGUCAACAUUCUCACCAUGGGCUACUGGCCCACCUACACCCCCAUGGACGUCCAUCUGCCCUCUGAGAUGGUAAAGCUUCAGGAGGUGUUUAAAACCUUCUACCUCGGGAAGCACAGUGGGAGAAAGCUUCAGUGGCAGCCCACACUGGGCCACGCAGUGCUUAAAGCUGAGUUUAAGGAGGGUAAAAAGGAGCUGCAGGUUUCUUUAUUCCAGACACUUGUUCUGCUCAUGUUUAAUGAAGGAGAGGAGUUUACACUAGAAGAGAUCCAAACAGCUACAGGAAUAGAGGAGAGCGAGCUGAGACGCACGCUGCAGUCCCUGGCAUGUGGGAAAGCCCGCGUACUUAAUAAAAACCCCAGAGGCAAAGACGUGGAGGACGGAGACCGCUUCAACUUCAAUAACGACUUCAGACAUAAACUCUUCCGCAUUAAAAUCAACCAGAUUCAGAUGAAGGAGACGGUGGAGGAACAGGUGAGCACCACAGAGCGUGUCUUCCAGGACAGGCAGUACCAAAUAGAUGCCGCGGUAGUGAGGAUCAUGAAGAUGAGGAAGACCCUCAGUCACAACCUGCUGGUGUCAGAACUCUACAACCAGCUCAAGUUUCCUGUAAAGCCAGGUGACCUGAAGAAGCGCAUAGAGUCCCUCAUUGACCGAGACUACAUGGAGAGAGACAAGGAGAGCCCCAACCAGUAUCAUUACGUGGCCUGAGAUCCAGUCAGGAGGCACAGGCACAGCCACUGAUCUGAGAUCUACCCUUUACCCGGGCUGCGCGCCCUAGGACAAGCUCUGACCCACCCUUUGAGGACCCUGAUUAUGCCCACCAGUAGAGUGACCAGGGUUGGCAUGGGGGCUGGACUUUAAAAGCGGUGGUGUUAAAGUGUGACAAUAGGACGAUUGCACGAGGAGAAUGAUCAGCUGAUGAUAUCCACAAGCAAGCACUUUGUUUUUUUUUUUUUUUCUUUUCUUCUCUUUUUUUCUUUUUGCUUGUUGUGGUCACUCUUUUUCUUUUGAUGUCUCUCACAUGUGCUUAUAGUUUGUUUCACCUUUUUUUUUUUUUGGUAAUAUUCAUGCCUGCUGACUUGUCAGGUUUUUGCUAGAGAUCCGGGAGCGUGUUCGGUUUAAACGUCAGCAAGCUGUGUUAGCGUCAGGGUUUUCGAGAAUUUUUCACUCAGGCUACGGAAAUGUUGAUAAACCAAGCAUUUUACCUGCAAAGGCUUCACUAACAUACAGAUACAUACUACAGGAUUGGUUUCUACGAUGUGUUCUCUAGGUCUCACGCACUGAAAAAAUGUUUAAAAAAACGAAUGACAAAUUGUAGGCUUUUUUAUGACUCAACAAAAGCACAUUUGUGUGUGUGUGUGUGUGUUUGCGUGCGUGAGUGUGUGUGUCUGGAUAUCUGCGUGCUAGAUUGUUUUGUUUUUUUUCUUUCUUCUAAUUCACCACUAAAAAUAUUCUGAGCGACUUUUUUGGCUCCUUACAUUUUGUAGAUCAUGAGGUUGUGUUCGUGAAUGCAGACAGACAUCACUUAAACCAUGUUUGUGGCAUCAGACACCACCAUCUGCUUAAGAAGUGUUAUUUUGUUUCAGUGUUCAUUCUUUAUACUUACAUAAAAAAAAUUAAUAAUGUCUGAAAUCUGGAUGACCAGGAAGACACAUUUUUCACCUUGAUGCUCAAUAGGGGAAUGUUAAUAUUUAAAGCAUGCUUGGUGCCCGACUGCGUCCUUCAGCGAUUCCCAGGUAAAGAUGGCACAUACCACAGUCGCGGCUCGAAUCUGGAUCCUGACUGCCGGAUGUCACAGGGGUGUGUGUUGCAGAAUCAAGUCUGUGUAUCCAUAUGCACUCAUGCUCAUUUCUCAAAGCAAGCUCUUGAGAAAGACUCCAGCCUGAGUCACUUAACCUCCUACUGGAUUACGCAAUAGCUUCUAUAAGGCCCAGCUGCUCGCUAGUCUAAACGAGAAGUGGUUGAUGGUAAAACAAAGGAGGAAAGUGCUGGACCUCUCAGGCAGCUGUGAAAUAGUCAGGGCAAUCAGUUCUGACUUAACACUUACACACUAGUUGCUCUUUUGUAAAUACUCAUUUCUGACUUAAUAGGUUUGUGCAGUAUUAAGGUCUUGGGCAAGUAUGACAAAAAAACAAACAAA